AUGUACUCCUUCUUGCUGGACUUCGUGGAGGCCCACAGUAAGCGCUGGAAGAAAACCAGAAGUGGGAACCAGGAAUGGGUGCCAGAGGGCAAACCUGAGCUGCCCAGUCCCAAGGUGCAAGAACACUUGCGCCAGCAGCGUGCAUCAGCAAGACAGCAGAAGCAGGAAGAGAGCGGGCCGGCAGAAGACACGUACCCCCUGAAGACUGAGAGAGAGGUCGUCCGGAGCCUUACAUCUGGUGCCGAAAUCCGGAAGGGGCUCCGGUCCGCGUCCCUUGUGUCCUUCCACCCUGGACAGCAGCCCACAGCAACCGGACAAAGGAAGCUCCUCAGCCUCCAGUCACCUCUCUGUGCAUGCACAUCAGUCACUGAUCUCACCUACUGGCAGAGUUUCAAAUGCUUGCCUCUGCCAUCAGGGGCUCUGUGGGCCCACGGGGCCGCAGCUCCACACAGAAGCCUCCUAGCAAUCCACCUCCACCUGGCGCCUGUUUCAAGUGUGGCAAUGAAGGCCACUGGUCCAGACAAUGCCCAAACCCAGGUAAGCCCACCAGGCUGUGCCCCCUCUGUGGAGGACCCAACUGGAAGUCAGACUGUGAGCAGCCCCCACAAGGACUGCCCCCAUCCCUUCCUGAGCCGGUCAAAACCUCCUACUCGUAUCUCAUCGGCCUUGCUGCUGAAGACUGACAGUGCCCUGGAACGGACACCUCGGCAACUACCAUCUCUUCAUGUGAGCCAAGGGUAACCCUGAUGGUGGCGUGUAGGCCAGUAUGUUUUUUAAUUAAUACCAGGGCAACCUACUCUGCUUUACCUAAUUUUUCAGGACCUACCCAGUCCUCCCAAGUCUCUGUUGUGGGAAUUGAUGGACAAGUCUCCAAACCCCGAGCCACCCCUCCACUUUUCUGCUCCCUGCACACCUUUUCCUUCACUCACUCUUUCUUAGUCCUGCCCUCAUGCCCAACUCCGCUAAGUAGAGACAUCCUUUCAAAACUCCACACUACUCUCCACUUCCACAUUCCCCAUAGUACCCAAUGCAUCAACCCAGACCCCUCCGGGGCUUCUAACUUUCUUCUACUCCUCCAACCUCCCACCUUAAAACAUGCAACCUUUCCUUAUCCCCCAGCCAUAGUUAACCCCACUGUUUGGGAUACUUCCACGCCCUCAAUCACAAAACACCACACCCCUGUCCACAUUACCCUUAAAGUCCCCACCCAGUUCCUAUCACAGAAGCAGUAUCCCAUCCCCCAAGCAGCUCUCAUAGGCCUAAAGCCUAUAAUUUCUCACCUCCUUGUCAGUCACCUACUCUGCCCAACAGACUCCCCUUUUAACACAUCAAUUCUACCCGUCAAAAAGCCAGAUGGAACUUAUUGCUUAGUCUAGGACCUCAGGCUCAUUAACCAAGCCGUACUCCUAGCAUGUCCAGUAAUUCCUAAACCAUAUACUUCGCUUUCCACAGUUCCCUCCAACACCACCUGUUUUUCUGUUCUAGACCUACAGGAUGCUGUUUUCACAAUUCCUUUACACCCAAAUUCCCAAAACCUCUUUGUCUUUACAUGGGAAAACCCUGACACCCACCUUUCACAUCAGCUCACCUGGUGCAUACUAACUCAAGAUUUCAGAGACAGCCCCCACCUUUUUGGGCAGGUCCUUGCUCAUGACCUGUACCUUAUCCCUAAAACCGUCCACUCUCCUUCAGUAUCUUGAUGAUCUACACCUGUGUAGACCCUCUCAAAGAGACUGUAACGUCCAUACCAUCUCUCCUUUAAACUUCUUGGCAGAAUGGAGGCAUCAGGUCUCCCUUAAGAAAGCACAAAUAUGCACCCCCCCAGUCACCUAUCUAGGCCUAGCUCUUACCCUGCAAACCCAAGGGCUCACAACUGACCGCAUAUCCCUCCUCCAGUCCCUCCCACCUCCACAAACUAAGCAAGAAAUUCUCUCUUUUCUAGGACUAGCAGGAUAUUUUAGGCUCUGGGUUCCCUCCUUCACUCUGCUUGCCAAACCGUUAUGCCAAGCCGCUAAAGGCCCUCUCCAUGAGGCUUUAAACCCUGCACAGCCUAUUACCUAACCUUUCUGUCUACUCCAGAAGGCUUUCACCUCAGCCCCCAUCCUCACUCUCCCAGACCUAGACCUCACCAAACCUUUCUCCCUCUAUACCAAUGAAUGGUGUGGAGUUGCAAUAAGUGUUCUAACCCAGUCUAAGGGACCCACCUUCCAGGUUGUUGCCUACCUCUCUAAACAGCUUGAAGCCACAGUUCUUGGAUGGCCUGCCUGCCUCCAAGCAUUGGCAGCAGCUGCUGUCCUCACCCUUGAAAGCUUAAAACUAUCUCUUCAUGCCAACCUAACAGUUUAUUCAACCCAUAACAUCAAAGACAUGCUAGCUCACUGCAAUGUACUAAGUCUG